AGCGGCUCCACGCCAGGGGCCACUGCAAAGCCAGGGCGCAGCAGAGUAGGGCCGAGAGGGCCGAGUCUUGCGCAAAGCCAGCAGCUCUGCGGCCAAGGCGGAGACCGAAGAGGGGCUCCAGGCACCGAUCCUCGCGUUGCCCGCUGCCCCCUGCCCCGGAGGCGUCCCAGGGCGCUCUUCGUCCCUGCAGCAGCCUCCCUGCCAGUCCCUGCUGCGCGGUGCCUCCAACUCUGCGCUAGAAGAAAAACUUCCCGCGCACCCGCAGAACUGCAUCGCCUCUUUCCCAGUGACUCCGGGAGUCCCGUCCGCGGCCGGCUCUGCGCGCACUUUCAAAGAAUAAUAGUAACUGUAACAACCCAGAGUGAGGCCAGCGAGGCUCUGUGCUCCCGCCCCGAACAAUAGCCCCCUCGCUCGGUGCACUGCGGCGCGCGGUGCCUCCCGGGACUCGGGUGCAGCGACCGGUCCCCGCGGGGUUUCGAAGGCGCACAGGAGGCAGCGACAUGGGGAACGCGGAGCUGGCGCGGCGGCCUCGGGGCUCACAGCCUGCGCCCGCGCUGCUACUGCUCGCGGCCGCUGCAGCACUGCUGCUCCUGCCGGGCGCGCGCGGGCGCCCCGCAGAGGAAGACGAGGAGUUGGUGCAGCCCGCCUUGGAGCGCGCGCCGGGACACACGACCACGCACCUCCGCCUGGACGCCUUCGGUCGACAGCUGCACCUGGAGCUGCAGCCCGACCGCGGCUUCCUGGCGCCGGGUUUCACGCUGCAGACCGUGGGGCGCAGGCCCGGGCCCGACGCGCUGCGUCCGGACGCCGCCGGUGACCUGGCGCACUGCUUCUACUCCGGCACGGUGAACGGCGACUCCGGCUCGGCCGCCGCUCUUAGCCUCUGCGAGGGCGUGCGCGGCGCCUUCUACCUGCAGGGCGAGGAGUACUUCAUCCAGCCCGCGCCCGUCGCAGCCACCGUGCGACUCGGCGCCGCCGCCGCCGCCGCCGCCGCCGGGGAGGAGCCGCCGGAGCGGCCCCAGUUCCAUCUCCUGCGGCGGAGGCGGCGAGGCGGCGGCGGCGCCAAAUGCGGGGUCACGGACGACGAGACCCAGAUCGCGAGGGGCGCGAGCCGGCAGGGCGAGGACGCCCGGGCGCAGUGGCCGCGGCGGGACCCGGCGCCGCAGCGGGCGGGACAGCCGACAGGAACUGGAAGCGUAAGAAAGAAGCGGUUUGUGUCCAGCCACCGCUAUGUGGAAACUAUGCUUGUGGCCGACCAGUCCAUGGCAGAGUUUCACGGCAGUGGCCUGAAGCACUACCUUCUUACCUUGUUCUCGGUGGCAGCCAGGCUGUACAAACACCCCAGCAUUCGGAAUUCAGUGAGCCUGGUGGUAGUGAAGAUCCUGGUCAUCUACGAGGAACAGAAGGGGCCAGAAGUGACCUCCAACGCCGCCCUCACUCUACGGAACUUCUGCCACUGGCAGAAGCAGCACAACCCGCCCAGUGACCGGGAUGGAGAGCACUAUGACACAGCGAUUCUCUUCACCAGACAGGACCUGUGUGGGGCCCAGACGUGUGACACUCUUGGGAUGGCUGAUGUUGGAACCAUAUGUGAUCCCAGCCGAAGCUGCUCAGUCAUAGAAGAUGAUGGCUUGCAAGCUGCCUUCACCACAGCUCAUGAACUAGGCCACGUGUUUAACAUGCCCCAUGACGAUGCAAAGCAGUGUACCAGCAUUAAUGGCAUUGACCAGAAUUCCCACAUGAUGGCGUCAAUGCUUUCCAACCUGAACCACAGCCAGCCUUGGUCUCCCUGCAGUGCCUACAUGAUUACGUCAUUUCUGGAUAAUGGUCACGGGGAAUGUCUGAUGGACAAGCCCCAGAGCCCCAUCCAGCUCCCCUCGGAUCUCCCCGGGACCUUGUAUGAUGCCAACCGGCAGUGCCAAUUUACCUUUGGGGAGGAGUCCAAACACUGCCUGGAUGCAGCCAGCACGUGCAUGACCCUCUGGUGCACAGGCACCUCUGGCGGACUGCUGGUGUGUCAAACCAAACACUUCCCUUGGGCAGACGGCACCAGCUGUGGGGAAGGGAGAUGGUGUAUCAACGGCAAGUGUGUGAACAAGACGGACAAGAUGCACUUUCAUACUCCUGUUCAUGGAAGCUGGGGACCAUGGGGACCCUGGGGAGAAUGUUCGAGAACGUGUGGCGGAGGAGUUCAGUACACAAUGAGGGAAUGCGACAACCCGGUCCCCAAAAAUGGAGGGAAGUACUGUGAAGGCAAGCGCAUGCGCUACAGGUCAUGUAACAUUGAAGACUGUCCAGACAACAAUGGAAAAACCUUCAGAGAGGAGCAGUGUGAGGCACACAAUGAGUUUUCUAAGGUGUCCUUUGGGAGUGGGCCCGCAGUGGAGUGGACACCCAAGUAUGCUGGAGUCUCACCCAAGGACAGGUGCAAGCUCAUCUGUCAAGCCAAAGGCGUUGGCUUCUUCUUCGUUUUGCAGCCCAAGGUGGUUGACGGUACCCCGUGUAGCCCAGAUUCUACCUCCGUCUGCGUGCAGGGACAGUGUGUAAAAGCUGGUUGCGAUCGUAUCAUAGACUCCAAAAAGAAGUUUGAUAAAUGUGGCAUCUGUGGAGGGAACGGAUCUACGUGCAAGAAAACAUCAGGCUCGGUGACCAGUGCAAAACCUGGCUAUCACGAUAUUGUCACAAUUCCGGCUGGAGCCACAAACAUCGAAGUGAAGCAGCGGAAUCACCGGGGAUCCAGAAAUAAUGGGAGCUAUCUUGCUAUCAAAGCUGCCGAUGGCACCUAUAUCCUGAAUGGCGACUUCACUCUGUCCACUUUAGAGCAAGACAUUACCUACAAAGGGACCGUCCUGAGGUACAGUGGUUCCUCCGCCUCGUUGGAAAGAAUCCGCAGCUUCAGCCCUCUCAAAGAGCCCAUAACCAUCCAGGUCCUCACAGUGGGCAAUGCCCUCCGCCCCAAAAUCAAGUACACCUAUUUUGUGAAGAAGAAGAAGGAAUCUUUCAACGCCAUCCCUACUUUCUCCGAAUGGGUCAUCGAAGAGUGGGGCGAAUGCUCCAAGUCGUGCGGACGGGGUUGGCAGCGGAGACUGGUGGAGUGCCGGGACAUUAACGGGCAGCCCGCCUCCGAGUGCGCCAAGGAAGUGAAGCCGGCCAGCACCAGACCCUGCGCGGACCUGCCCUGCCCCCACUGGCAGCUAGGGGAUUGGUCCCCAUGUUCCAAGACCUGCGGGAAGGGUUACAAAAAGAGAACCUUGCAGUGUCUGUCCCAUGAUGGGGGGGUCUUGUCUCACGAGAGCUGUGAUCCUUUGAAGAAACCGAAGCAUUACAUAGAUUUUUGUACGAUGGCAGAAUGUAGUUAAGCAGCGUCGGUGUGGAGGGAAGGACUAGGUGUGGAAGGGCUGAUGCACUGAAAUCAAGAAGGCUGGAGGAAUCCAGUGUACCUUGCCAGUGAGCGACAAGGAGCGUCGAGGAGUUGGGAGGGUAGAGGUAGGUAGAGAAGAAGUUAGAUCGUCAGAAUAUCCUGCCAGUUACAAAUCUGAUAGGGUAGUUAAUGAGGGUUAUUAAUCUCUGAGCAAUGAUAUAGCAUGAUAAAGCCCCAGGGCAUUAUUAUUAUUCCUUUUGUUACAUCUAUGACAAGUUUUAAAAAAAAAUAGAAACGAUUGUCAAACUUAGUUUAAGGAGUAUGCAAUCCCUGUUUUGUGGUACUGAUUAAAUACUUUGUAUCAGGCGGUUUGGGGAAUGGAAAGCAGGAAAGAGAAGAGAUUUUUUUUAGUUUCAGACAGGGCUUAACUUUACCUCACUAACAACGGAGGGAGGAAAGGGGUACAGAUAGCAUCUUUAACCAGCACUGACUAUGGCUGCUACCAUUUCGGAGAAUGUUUCUGCCAUCUUUUCUGCCCAGAGGUAAGAAUUCAAGACUGUC